UUACGUACGGUGUGUGUGCCUGUGCGCGCGCGUGUGUAGGGAGGUUUGGGGUUAGAGCUGUUCGGUCGGAAGGGGCCUUGAAGUAUCCCUUGAAGUAUCAACCGCGUUGCCUCAGAGCUAAGCAAAAGUUACAGCUAAUGAUGUAGGGGGCUGACAGGUACAGCUGCGGCUGGGUGUGUAUUUACGUGUACACAGAGGGGAAUAUUUGUGAGUAAACGCACACGGGGUAAAAAUAACUAUACGUUUUGAUGCCGUUUCUGUCCUUACUCAAAGGAGUAAAUAUGUGAUACGUCCUUCCAGGAUGAAAGGCGUGCACUGAGAGCUCCUCCAGGAACGCCUGCAGCAGAAAGCAGUGUGUACGACACAGCAGUGAUGACAGAGAAGGAGAGGUGUCCCAAAGCGGAGCAGUAUGUUGGUGAGAUUAAAGGUGGACUGAGACCUGCCAUGAGACUCACUGUCAUAGGAAUGGUACCUUCCAACCCCAAGAGCUUUUCAGUGACUCUGCUCUGUGAUCCAAUGGAUGCAAACAAAGAUGUUGGGAUGAUAUUCACAGUUAACUUUAGCGAGAAGUCCAUCACACGAAAUGCACGAAUUGAUGGGAAGUGGGGGAUAGAAGAGAAGAAUAUACCCUACUUCCCAUUUAUAGCAGGGGACACAUUUAAGAUGGAGCUCUUAUGUGAACAUCAGCAAAUAAAGGUCUUGCUUGAUGGACGGCAGCUCUGUGACUUCACUCACCGCAUUCAGCCCCUGAACCUGGUGAAAGCUUUGCAGAUCACAGGCGAUGUCAAGCUUACCAAAGUGGCUUAAAAAAAAGAGUUCAUAAUAUUACCAGGGGACGGAGACAAAUGCACUUUCUUCUGUCUGAGAAAUGUUUUAUCUUUUUCUCCUCACUGAUGUUGGAGAAUGGGAACUGUCUUUUUUCAUUUGCUGAUGAAAUACACUUUUUUUUCCUCAUCCAUGUUCAAAAAUUGCAGAGAUAUGGCUGGUCCAGCUAAAUCA